AUGAUCAACCGUCUAGUAGUUCCACUUUCAUUUCACUGGACAUUUUGGUACAAUGAAUUAUGCGUGAAAGACGUGGAUUGGGUAAUGAACAUCCAAAAAUUAUUUGAAGUGACGACGGCCGCCGAAUUUCUUGAGGCCUAUAGUAAAAUGAAACUACCCUCUACUUUGCCGCAAGGUGCCAGUUACUAUUUUUUCAAAAAAGGAAUACGGCCCAUUUGGGAAGAAGAACCGAAUAAAGGCGCGGGUGCCUGGGAAAUGAUAAUUGACAUCCGUCCGAAUCAUGACCUGAACUUAGUUUGGUCGGAUUUGUUAUUUUCAGUCAUCAGUGACGGACUCAACGAACUAUUAAUGUAUUUAUGUGGUAUCACAUGUAACGUAAGACGAGGUUUCCUCAAAAUUGCAAUUUGGACAGUUAAGAUUACGCCGAAAAAUCACGGGUAUAUCAUACAAAUCGGAAAAAUUCUCCAAAAUAUACAAAAAGUGUAUGGAAUAAAAUCAAUAAAGUAUAAAAUUCACGAACGUUCAUCCUACAAUGGAAUUAACUGA